CAGUCGGCAGAGCAGCCCUGCACACUGUGCCCACCUGAGCCAGGAUGCCUGACGCCACUCUGCCCGCCUGCUUCCUCGGCCUGCUGGCCCUCACCUCCGCUUGCUACUUCCAGAACUGCCCGAAGGGAGGCAAGAGGGCCAUGUCCGACUUGGAGCUGAGACAGUGCCUCCCCUGCGGCCCCGGGGGCAAAGGCCGCUGCUUCGGGCCCAGCAUCUGCUGCGGGGAUGAGCUGGGCUGCUUCGUGGGCACAGCCGAGGCGCUGCGCUGCCAGGAGGAGAACUACCUGCCGUCUCCCUGCCAGUCGGGCCAGAAGCCGUGCGGGAGCGGGGGCCGCUGCGCCGCCGCCGGCAUCUGCUGCAACGAUGAGAGCUGCGUGACCGAGCCCGAGUGCCGGGAGGGCGCCAGCUUUCUCCGCCGCGCCCGCGCCAGCGACCGGAGCAACGCGACCCUGCUGGACGGGCCGAGCGGGGCUCUGCUGCUGCGGCUGGUGCAACUGGCGGGGGCGCCCGAGCCCGCGGAGCCCGUCCAGCCCGGCGUCUACUGAGCCUUCCAGCCCGCCCCACCCC